AUGUUUAAAACGACUCUUGACGAUCAGACUUGCACAUGCAGUAGUGGUAAGAUCGAGAUUGCAAUGAACAUGGAGACGAAAAGCAACAACACCAAGGUCUGUGUUACAGGUGCUGCAGGUUAUUUGGGCUCUUGGCUUACCAGAAAGCUCUUACAGAAAGGCUAUAUCGUUCAUGCAACAUUGAGGAACCCAGAUAUUUACAAUCCAGAUGAGUUCGAGCCGGCCAUUGAAGGUUGCGAGUUUGUGUUCCAUCUUGCCACCCCCUUGCAACACAACAGCCAUAGUUGGCAGUUCAAGGAUACAAGUGAAGCUGCGGUAGCAGGGGUGAGGAGAAUUGUGCAGUUUUGCAUAAGAUCGGGAACAGUGAAGCGACUGAUCUAUACUGCCUCUGUGGUUGCCGCAUCACCGCUGAAAGACGAUGGCAUCAGUUUCAAAGAUUUGAUGGACGACUCCUGCUGGACUAACUUACCUUUGAGUCCUUCAUUUCCUUAUGGCAGCGAUCCUUUGAAGGUGGCUGCAGGCUUUUAA